CUCAAUUCCAAAGCUGUCUUCGCUGCCCUCCACCCUCACCGAGAUCAGAUCCACCAUCUAGUAACCUUUCGUCAAUCUCGGUUCAAGAUAUUAUACCCAUACUAAGACCCGAGGGCCGUGUACCUGCUGAGUAUUCUCUGUGCUCUGUUGUUGCAGCUGUUGUUUCUUCUGUUGCCCAUUUCGACGGUAGCUAAGGAAGUGAAGAAGAUCUCGAGGCCCGAGUGCAAGUCCACUAUUACGGAGGAUCCUUGUCCUUUUUUGGUUAGAUCUACCCGAUAUCAUAUUAUCUACCGGCAUUAAUCAUUUCUUUUGACGAAACAACGACAACUUACUUGUUCAACUGAGAAAAUGACGUCGGAUCCAGCCUUUGUGCUUUACGUGGACCAUCAAGACCACCCGGCACCGCUCAGUGAGUGUUUCCAUGCCACAGCAUCACGCCGUCUCUCGUCGACUGUGGACCGUCAACAUCGACCGUCCACCAUUACGCAAGCGGACAGUGCCUAUUGUCCUCACAGUAUGGGUUUCCACGACGCCUCUUCGGCGGCACAACUGGGCUAUUGUCCAAAGCCAGAGUGUGUACAAUGCCCCCUCUGCAUGUCCAUGGUCUCCUGUCAAAAAGUAGAUUCGACCUUUUGUUUUACAUGUGGACGGUGUGAUUGGAACUCGAUUCCGUGUGGACUCAAAGUGGAUACUUCCAGCGAAAGUGAGGCUACUAAAGACGAAGUGAUGGGAGCUCUGGCGCAGCUAGCUACCAUGCUGCAAGAAAAGCGAAAAGCGGGUGGACAUGCCAGUGCGGCCGAAGAGCAUUAUCAAAAAAUGGUAGAAGCCUUUGAAACGGUGGUUAAAAAGCCACUUCCAAAAUCAUCCACUACCAGAGGCUUCCAGAUCAAUAAUGCCAAGCGUGAUGGUGAUCCAUGGUCGGUGGAUGCUCUAGAAACAGAAUUGCAAAAAAAGAAAACGGCCUCGGCGGAAGACGUCCAAAACGCGAUCGGUGGACAAGCAUUGACGCAUAUCUCGUUGGAAGAACCACAAACGUUGGAUGCCGCCCUGGCAGGCCAACGGGUCAGCACAUUUGCAUUGCAAGCAUGGAAUUCUGCCCCAACAAUGUCCAUGGCCGACCUCUUGCCGCUUCCCAUUCCCUUGCGAUCUCGCAAUAGUCGACGUUGUCGGGCGGAAUUGGCAGAGGGCAAGCCGGGAAUUUUGCUCAAACCCAAACUGAAUCCACUCGAAGGGGAUUCCAGUCUACGAACUGGCCACGGGCAAUGGUGGAAGAAGGACUCCAGUGCCGUGCAUGUCGUGCCCCGCGUUCGCGCGAUUCGACAUGGCUCCAAAGCCCAGGAUGGUGGCAUUCAGUUGCAUUGCUUUGUGUUGAAAGUCACCAACUCGACUCUUGGGGUGGUGCGCUUGCAGAUUAGCCUCUCUUCCGCCUACAAGGGGGAACACUUGUGGGACAAGGACGAACACACAAAAAAGAACCCAGCCAUGGAAAAUUUGUUGGUGGAGACGCUAACGAACAAGCAUGUGGAUGCGUACCUCUUCACUCCCAGUAGUCCAGAAGGCACUACUACUGACCAAUCAUCAUCCACCUUGAAGAGUGAUGUUGUCGCAUUGGAUUCCGCGGAGGAUGCCAUUGUGGACAUUGGCAAGGUGUUUGAAGUCCCGGAGGAAGUAUUGAAUUGGGACCCUGAAAAGGCAUUGAAUGACUCUUCACCUGCCAGCGAAGCGAUGGCCGAUUUGGAGGAGAAUCACGUGAGGUUCCUUGGUAUCAGCAUGCUGGCGGAAAAGUCUGGUUCGGCAUGGUUUGAAAUGAUCUGCGCCACCAAAGAGAAGCCAGGCAUCAAGACGGAAUCCUCCAAUUUGUCCCUUGCCAUCCCUCUGGCGCUUCAGAUUGAAGUUGGCAAUGGAUCUUGGGAGUCAUCUCUGAUCAAGGCAAACCCGACGGAGGAAGGUCAAGAGCCCGACAAGGUCACCUUUGAUUUGGUGGUAACUUGGCCCAGCACUCCAUAAUAGAAAAAGUAGCUGCCACAUUGUAGAAAGCACUGAAACCAGCAAGAUCUUUAUUAGUGUGUUUAGGUACCUGCUCGUC